UCUAAACGUCAGUGUCAGUGAAGAGCCAUUCCGUGUGGAUUUAUAUAAAACUGAGUAAAGUAUUAAUUGAAUAACCAAAUAUGAAUCAAGCUGAAGUUUCCAAGCUUAUGUCCCAGCUUCGGAUAGCUGUGCGACCAAAUAAGCGUCAUUUAAAGAAUCCAGAUGGGCCAGAAGGUAGAUUAAUGAAAUUGCGCAAAACAGUGACCGCUUUGGUCAAGCAUGAGCGUAUCGAACUUUACUAUAAUCGUGCCGAUGAAGCAAGAGGUUACGUAGAACUGCUCAUUUCGAAUGCUAUUCGACAUGGAGAUUGUCAUAAGCAAACAAUGGAACUUGCUGAUUACUGGCUCCUUGAGAAACAACUUGUACACAAGUUGUUCAAAGUACUAGUGCCUCGUUUUCAAGAAUGCAGCGUCUCGUAUACCCGAAUGUUCAAAGCUCCACGAGACUAUCCUGGAAUGUACUACAAGAAAUCUGUGCUGGAACUACGUGGAAACCCUUACCCCAGUUUAAUACCUGAUAUGACACAAAAUCGUAGUCUUAUUCAAAAUGUACUCCUGGACGAAGCUCGAAAGGAUUUCCAGAAAGAAAAACUCUCACAAAUGGCAUCUAAAUUAGUUGCAGAAACCGACAUUGUUACUGGUAAACCAAAGGAAAAGCUGAGUACGGCCCAGAAAACUGAUAAUUAAAGUGAAAUUAAAUUGAGUUAUGGUUAAAUAAAAGAAAAUUAAAAUACA